AUGGAGGACCCCGUGGUCCCCGGAGUCAAUGGCGUGGCUAAUGGCACGCCGGCCACGCCCGCUCCAUCGUCGGUCGAACCGCAGGCCAUCAUCAAAUACCUCGCAAGCGUACUGGAAGUCACGCUGGGAGCCACAGAUCAAGAGCUGCGCGCGCCGGGGAGUCUGUUGAACUCAUCACAACUGGACGAUACGGUGUCAAGAUGCAUGCGGUUUGCGCUGGAACAGCAGAUGGCGCUGUAUGUGCUAAAGCAGGCACCCUCGACACAGACAAACGGCACUGUGAAUGGCGAAGGACCGCAGCAUCACGAUAAGUAUGUGCUCAGCUCGGAGGUGUCAUACUCUUCCGGAACCGUUGGCUGCGUGGCCUUUCUGAAGAGACCGACUUCUAUAUCGCCGGACGUACCGAUCAGCAAGCAAAUCUCGGUCGUCAAUCUCUCACUUUCUGGUCUGUCCGGAUCAGAGUCUGGAUCAGCGAUAUCUCCGUAUGAAAGCCUGCACUCAUUCGUGCGGGGUGCCCUCACUCCGUUCUUUGAAGCUGCCGCGAGAGGAUCAGAAGCAGCUGGAGAUAAGCUUAGCAGAACAGAUGGUGAAGCUCGGACAGGCAUAUCUGGAGCGAGGCGGAAGUUGGCAGACCUGGAGAUCACUCUGCAGAAUCUACAGCAGAACAUUGAGGUUGAGGCGCCACGUUUGCAAAUCCAUGAGGCGGUACAAGCACAACUCGCUGAGGCGAACGGAGAUCCUCAGGCCGCAGCCAUCCAGAUACCGGACAGCCUGGUCACGGACAGCACACUCUUGAAUAGACUGCAGAGCAUGGUCAAUGAAUGGAUCAAGCAGAUACGAGACUUCACGAGAAUAACGGAUGAUCCUGAUGUUGGCACUACUUCGCAAGAGAAGAACUUUUGGCUCACCAUGGAGAGCGCAAUAGAAGGGAUCGAGGCACAGCUCGCAAGUGGAGGUGUCUCGCUCACUAUGAAGAUUCUGGAGAAGGCAAAGAGACAUGGAAUCACUGCAAGCUUCCAGUCAGAUACCCGCUUGAAAGAGACGAAAGAUAAAGUGCAGAGGUAUAAUCAGCUCUUUCAAGGCUUCCCCAUCGAAGAGCUUUUGUCUGCGACAUCGGUUGAGAAGCUGCGUGAUGCACUGGACGAUGUUUUCAAUCACUUCAACAAGAAGCUGCGCAUCUGCCCCUAUCCGAUCAAGCGAGCGCUGGCUCUCGUGGAGGCGAUCUCUGGCGAUUUGGACUCACGCCUGCACGACUUGUUACAUGGCCGAGCGCUGAUGCAUGCGGACUUCCGAGAGUUUUCAAAGACUGUAGCAGAGGUUCAGAAGCUCUGGAUCAUUUGGGAUGACGACCUGAAGGAGUUCACAAAUGUGGCUCGAGACGUCACGCGCCGUCGACACGACAAAUUUGUGCCCAUCAAGAUCACCAAACGCCACGAUAAGACCCAAGACCGGAUUAACUACAUCUACAAGUUCAGAGACGACCAUGAGCAACUUCAGAAGACGAUCGCCACGGUUCUUGGACCAGACGAGGACAUCGUCGAUCUCGCUGACGGCGCAACCGCUCCAGUGAUCGUCGAGGAGAUGGGCGACGUUGAUGCUGCCGAAGAGAUCACUCAAGCGUACACUGCCGUUAAGGACGUGGAUGUGCUCGAUAUCUCUCCUGAAGGCGAGCGUCUAUGGACGCAAGCUGAAGCUGCAUACAACGAGCGAACCGCACGUGUCGAGAACUCGAUCAUCGCACGACUACGAGAUCGGCUGGCAGUUGCUAAGAGUGCCAACGAGAUGUUUCGUGUCUUCUCAAAAUUCAAUGCCCUCUUCGUACGACCGAAGAUCAAGGGCGCCAUAACAGAAUACCAGGUACAGCUUAUGAACAACGUGCGCGAGGACAUCGAUAGCCUGCAGAAGCGCUUCACCCACCAAUACGGCCAGUCUGAAGCUCACGGCAUGGCGCAACUGCACGAUUUACCACCCAUAUCUGGAGCCAUCAUCCGCGCACGACAGAUCGAGCGACAGCUGAACAACUACCUUGGCAAGGUAGAAGAUAUCCUGGGUCCUCAGUGGAAGCAACACACGGAUGGUGCAAAGCUCAAUCAGCUAGGAGAGGGCUUUCGUCGAAAGCUGGACACUAAGCCUAUCGUCGACGAUUGGUUGAGGGACAUUGGCAGGCGGCAUCUUUCCAUCUCUGGACGUCUGUUCUCUGUCACCCAGAACCGUGCUCGUGGCAACGUGCUUGAGAUCAACGUCAACUUCGAUUCUCAGCUCAUCAUCCUGUUCAAGGAGGUGCGGAAUUUGCAUUGGCUGAACUGUGUCGUUCCGCAUGCCAUUUCCAACGUGUCGAAGGAAGCCAGGAGGGUGUACCCAUUCGCUGUCAGCUUGAUGGAGAGCCUGAACACCUAUGCUCAGACCAAUCUGGCAAUCGAGAACAUGUCGGAGGUCACCUCCUUGCUCAGUGGAUAUCGCAAUGGCGUGCAAGGCUUUAUCGGCAAGGGCGCCCCUCUCCGUUGGGAUACAUUUGUCCUCGCCUACGACGUUCACGUUCGCCACAGUAAUGAAGGUGGUCUGGGAGGUUCCGGCGACGAUAAGCUGCACGUACAAUUUGUGCGAAACCUGGGCAACUCGAUUGCUACUUUGCAAAGCAAGGUCACAACUCUGUCAACGAUCCAAGUGACCGUGGAAUCGACGUUACGAGAGCUGCAGACCUGCCCCUUUACCUACGAAGCUUUCAGCACCCACUUGGAGACUCUACAGCGUGCCAUCGAUCAGCUCAACCUCGAGACUUACUCGAAUAUCCCAUAUUGGGUGUCCAAGACCAACGAGAGAGUCGUCGAUACACUCCAUGCACGGUUACAGCAGGCUCUGAAAGACUGGACGGAGGACUUCGAAAAUGGAUACAGUGCUGAACAACAAGAACAGCGCGAGCCAGGUUCACCUAACAUCGCAACAUUCAGCCAUGAUAUUCUCAUGCAGAGCCAGCUCAUCCAGCUCGAUCCGCCUCUCGAAGAUGCCAAAACUGGCUGGCUUGACAACUUGAACAGUUGGCUUGCUACUGUCUGUAGCUUGCCGCGCCUUCAAGCUUCCCGUUUCGAGAAUGCACUUACUGUAAGCAGCACGACCAUCACCAAGACCUAUUCUGAGCUGCCAAUCAUGUGCAUGGGUUCGCUUGCAGAGCUUUAUGAUCGAAUCGAGGCCAAGCUAAGCGUCGGUCAAACAUACGUCGACGAGUGGCUGCAAUUCCAGUCUCUAUGGGAUCUACAAUUGCAACAAAUCCAAGACGACCUAGGCGAGGAGCUUGAUCUGUGGCUCCAGCUCAUCCUCGAGAUCCGUCAGAAGCGAGAGACGUUCGAUACGUCUGGUAUGCGGCGUUCAUUUGGCCACCUGAUCAUCAACUACGAGCAAGUGCAGUCGAAAGUCAAUGCCAAGUACGAUCAAUGGCAACAUGAUCUUCUUGCUCAUUUCUCGUCAAUGUUCGCGACGCGUCUUGUCGACGUCUUCUCCGAGCUUCAGCGUGCGAGAAAGGAUCUGGAAGGCCAAUCGAUGCAAGCCACUUCUACAUCACAAGCUGUGUCCUUCAUCACGGUUGUACAGACCUGCAAGCGGCAGACCAAGAUCUGGGAGCCUGAGAUGGAUACUUUCAGGCAAGGGCAGCAGACUCUUUCUCGACUGCGAUUCCAAUAUCCCAAGGACUGGCUGUAUGUGGAGCAGGUCGACCAUGAGUGGACCGCUUUGAUGGAAGUCCUGGACAAGAAGAGCAAGCAGAUUGCCGACCAUACAGAAGGCUUGCGAUCCAAGAUCAUCACUGAAGAUGGAGUUGUGUCCCGGAGAAUCGCAGAGAUGACAGAGAAGUGGAGAGAGCAGAGGCCCGAAUCUGGAUCUAUUCCUCCCGCUGAAGCAACGACGGUCCUGGAUGGCUUCGACACCGAGCUCACGCAGCUUCAAGAGCAAUCUGAGAUGGUCUCCAAGGCCAAGGAAGCUUUGGAACUACCCGCUGGCCCCGACAAUGCCUUGGCUGACCUCUUGGCUGAGGUUCAGGACUACAAGUCAGUGUGGGCCAACUUGACUGUCGUCUGGGAGCAGCUUAACGACCUGCGCGACCAGCCUUGGAACAGUGUGCAGCCCCGGAAGCUUCGGCAAGCCAUCGACAAUCUCAUCAAGACUACGAAGGAGAUGCCCAGCAGAAUGCGAUCGUAUGCCGCCUUUGAGCACCUGCAAUCCGUCCUGAGGCAGCUAUUGAAGGUCAACCCCCUCCUCACCGAGAUGCGAUCUGAUGCUGUCCGCGAGCGACAUUGGCAGAAGAUCUUCAAGAACCUACAGCCGUCGAAGCGUUACUCCGCAAUCUCCAUGACUCUUGGAGAUGUCUGGGACCUGCAGCUGGGCCCAAGCGAGUCUGUCAUUCGGGAUGUCAUUGCACAGGCUCAAGGUGAGAUGGCUCUUGAAGAGUUCGUGAGGUCCGUUCGUGAGCACUGGCAGAACUACACUCUCGAUCUGGUCAACUAUCAGAACAAAUGCCGCCUCAUUCGUGGCUGGGACGAUCUGUUCGCGAAGUGCAGCGAUCACUUGAACUCUCUACAAGCCAUGCGGCAUUCACCAUACUACAAGGAGUUCGAAGAGGAGGCUUCCUCGUGGGAGGACAAACUCAAUCGCAUCCACGUCCUCUUCGAUGUAUGGAUUGACGUCCAGCGUCAAUGGGUCUAUCUGGAGGGCGUCUUCACUGGCAAUGCCGACAUCAAGCAUCUUCUACCGGUGGAGUCAUCUCGCUUCGCAAACAUCAACAGCGAGUUCAUGAACGUCCUCAAAAAGGUCUACCGUUCGCCACAGGUCUUAGAAGUGCUGAACAUUCCAGAUGUGCAGCGUUCGCUGGAGCGAUUGGCGGACUUGCUCAACAAGAUCCAAAAAGCUCUCGGUGAGUAUCUGGAGAAGGAACGUGUGGCUUUCCCUCGCUUCUACUUCGUCGGUGACGAAGACUUGCUCGAGAUCAUCGGCAACAGCAACGAUACUCUGCGCAUAGCAAAGCAUCUGCGGAAGAUGUUUGCUGGAGUUUCUGGAGUAGUCAUGGAUGAAGAGUCCAUCAUCUCUGGUCUCACCUCCCGAGAAGGUGAGACGAUGAUGCUGAGAAACCCAAUCUCCCUUAUCCAAACGCCAAAGAUCAACGACUGGCUUCGUGCGCUUGAGAAUGGAAUGAGGGAGACGCUAUCAGAACUCUUGGUCGAGGCUGUCGCAGAGUAUGAAACCUUGGAGCAAGAUGACCAGACUGGCUUCGAAAGCUACAUCUACAAGUACCCAGCUCAGAUCGUCGUCCUCGCAACACAAGCCUACUGGACAUCGCAAGUUGGAGCUGCACUACAGCAAGGCGGAGACGCGUUGCAAAAGCUGUUCGAAGUUCAGGUUAACAAGCUGAAGUUCCUCGCAGCUUCUGUCUUGCGAGAGUUGGAGCCAGUCUACCGCAAGAAGUGCGAACACCUCAUCACGGAGUUCGUUCACCAGAGAGAUACUAUUGAGAAGCUCAUCAGCGGCGGUGCCGAUUCGCCUGGCCACUACCUUUGGCUACUCCAGAUGCGCUACGACUUCGAUGGCAGCGCUGCUCCCCUCGAGCGAAUGCAAAUUCGAGUCGCCAACGCCACGCUUGCGUACGGAUUCGAGUAUCUCGGCGUGCCAGAGCGCCUUGUACGCACGCCUCUCACGGAUCGUUGUUUCCUCACACUCAGUCAGGCUUUGUGCCAGCGACUUGGUGGUUCGCCCUACGGUCCAGCAGGAACUGGAAAGACCGAGUCCGUCAAAGCACUUGGUGUGCAGCUCGGUCGCUUCACUCUCGUCUUCAACUGUGACGACACAUUCGACUUCCAAGCCAUGGGACGAAUCUUCCUCGGUAUCUCGCAAGUGGGUGCAUGGGGUUGCUUUGAUGAGUUCAAUAGAUUGGAGGAGCGCAUUCUCUCGGCCGUCUCCCAGCAGAUCCAGAAUAUUCAGGUCGGCCUGCGAAAGCGUGCGCAGGAUGCUGGCUCUGAGAUUGAUCUUCUCGGCAGAUCACUCAAGGUCCACCCACUGACCGGCAUGUUCAUCACUAUGAACCCUGGUUAUGCUGGGCGUUCGAACUUGCCAGACAACUUGAAGAAGCUCUUCCGCAGUGUGGCAAUGUCGAAGCCUGACAAGGAGAUCAUUGCAGAAGUCAUGCUCUUCUCACAAGGUUUCUCAGAGGCCAAGACUCUGUCGAGGCAGACUGUGCCUUUCUUCGACAGGUGCAGUGGUUCAUUGUCCAAGCAACCGCAUUACGACUUUGGACUGCGUGCCUUGAAGAGUGUCCUGGUCAGCUCUGGAGGGUUGAAGCGAGCGCGACUUGCUGAUGGAGACGCUCAAGAAGCUGACACUGUCGUGGAGCCACAGAUCAUCGUCCAGAGUAUUCGCGAGACGAUCGCACCGAAGUUGGUAAGAGACGAUGCUCUGAUGAUGGCGCAAAUCGAAGGCGAGGCUUUCCCCGGCGUCCAGUAUGUACCAGCAUCCCUGGAGAAACUGCGCGGUGCUCUUCAGGAAGUCGUUGAUGAGCGCAAGCUCGUUGCAACCGACUCGUGGCUCACCAAGGUCCUGCAACUGUACCAGAUCCAACACCUGCACCAUGGUGUGAUGAUGGUUGGUAAUUCCGGUACUGGCAAGUCCACCGCAUGGCAAGCACUGCUCGCUGCUUUGCAGAAGGUCGAUGGUGUCGAAGGCGUCUGCCAUGUCAUCGAUCCCAAGGUCAUGUCCAAGGAAAGCCUGUACGGUAGCUUGGACAGCACCACACGCGAGUGGACCGAUGGUCUGUUCACCAGCAUCCUGCGCAAGGUUGUUGACAACCUGCGUGGUGAGGAUAGCAAGCGCCACUGGAUUAUCUUCGACGGUGAUGUCGAUCCAGAGUGGGUCGAGAACUUGAACAGUGUGCUGGACGACAACAAACUGCUUACGUUACCAAACGGUGAACGUCUUGGUCUACCAUCCAAUGUUCGUGUCAUGUUCGAGGUUGAAACGCUUCGCUAUGCCACUCUGGCCACCGUCAGUCGAUGUGGUAUGGUGUGGUUCAGCGACGACACCGUGGACAUCGAUGUCAUGCUGUCAAGAUACAUCGCCCAGCUUCGCACUGCCACUUUCGAGGAUCUGGAGGAGGACACAGGCACACUUACGUCCUCUGAAGCACGCCUUGCUACCCAGAACCUAAUGGCGGAGAUCCUCAACCGACGACUCACCGAGAAUGACUUCGUCAGAAAAGCCAUGGAUCACUGCGCAAGCUUGAAGCACAUUAUGGAGUUCACCUCCAUUCGAGCAAUCGGCACGCUGUUCUCACUCCUUCGGAAGUCUUGUCGAUCUGUGCUUGAGUACAACAUCCAGCAUACCGACUUCCCGCUCAACGACGAUCAAGUGGAAGCAUACUUGUCGAAGAAGGUCCUGCUGGCAGCAGUAUGGUCUUUCACAGGAGACUGUCCCCUAAUUGACCGGAAGGCUUUCGGUGACUACCUUGCCGGCCUGGCUACCCUGGAUAUGCCUGUCUUGACUGAGACAACCUCUCUCAUCGAUUACGACGUGACUUUGCCAGAAGCUGCGUGGUCUUCAUGGCAGAACCAGGUUCCUACAAUUGAAGUCAACACACACUCUGUGACACAGACGGACCUGGUCAUCCCAACGUUGGACACCGUUCGCCACGAAGAUGUGCUCUACUCGUUCUUGGCCGAGCACAAGCCUCUCCUGCUCUGCGGUCCUCCUGGAUCCGGAAAGACCAUGACGCUCUUUAGUGCCCUGCGUAAGCUUCCCAACAUGGAGGUGGUCGGUCUGAACUUCUCAAGCGCAACAACCCCAGAUUUACUUGUCAAGACGCUCGAGCAAUACUGCGAUUACAAGAAGUCGCUCAGCGGUGUUACGAUGGCACCUCGACAGAUCGGUCGCUGGCUUGUGGUCUUCUGCGAUGAGAUUAACUUGCCAGCUCCUGACAAGUACGGCACUCAGCGUGUGAUCUCGUUCCUGCGACAGCUUGUUGAGCAUGGCGGAUUCUGGCGAACAACUACAAAGAGCUGGGUCAGCCUCGAGCGCAUCCAAUUUGUCGGCGCUUGCAACCCGCCAACCGAUGCUGGACGUACGCCUCUCGGUCUGCGAUUCCUGCGACAUGCACCGUUGAUCAUGGUGGACUACCCAGGAGAGCUGUCAUUGAAGCAGAUCUAUGGCACCUUCAACAAUGCAGUUUUGAAGAUCAUCCCGACCCUACGUGGGUACGCCGAUGCCUUGACCCAGGCAAUGAUCAAGGUCUAUCUGUCAUCGCAAAAGCGAUUUACGCCGGACAUCCAACCACAUUACGUCUACUCGCCACGUGAGUUGACGAGAUGGAUUCGUGCGAUCUACGAGGCUAUUCGUCCACUGGAGACUCUGUCACUGGAAGGCCUUGUCCGUAUCUGGGCUCACGAAGCGCUACGGCUGUUCUCUGAUCGUCUUAUCGCUGACGAUGAACGCCAGUGGACGGAAGACACCGUGAACAGUAUUGCCGUGGAGCACUUCCCCAACAUCGACGAGGAGGCAGCUCUGCAACGACCCAUCCUGUUCUCCAACUGGCUAUCAAAGAAUUACGUCCCAGUUGCUCGUGAUCAACUUCGCGAUUUCGUCAAAGCUAGGCUGCGGACCUUCUGCGAGGAAGAGCUUGAUGUGCCACUCAUCUUGUUCAACGAUGUGCUGGAGCAUGUCCUACGCAUCGACCGAGUCUUCCGGCAGCCACAGGGCCACCUCAUUCUGAUCGGUGUCAGCGGCAGUGGCAAGACCACCCUAUCGCGCUUCGUGGCAUGGAUGAACGGUCUGUCCGUGUUCCAGAUCAAGGUCCACGGCAGAUACUCGUCUGAAGACUUCGACGAGGACCUGCGCAAUGUGCUGCGGAGAUGCGGCUGCAAGGGCGAGAAGAUCUGCUUCAUUAUGGACGAAUCCAAUGUCCUGGACUCUGGCUUCCUCGAACGCAUGAACACACUGCUGGCCAACGGUGAGGUUCCUGGUCUCUUCGAGGGUGACGAGUACGCUACGCUGAUGACUGCCUGUAAGGAAGGCGCACAACGACAGGGCCUUCUGCUCGACUCGCAGGAAGAACUUUACAAGUGGUUUACGCAGCAAAUUGUUCGCAACCUGCACGUGGUCUUCACGAUGAAUCCUCCAUCUGAAGGUCUCGGCUCCAAGGCAGCCACCAGUCCGGCUUUGUUCAAUCGUUGCGUUCUGAACUGGUUUGGAGACUGGUCUAACCAAGCGCUGUACCAAGUGGCCUUCGAGCUUACACAGUCCGUGGACAUUGACAAGGGCAAUUACAGCGCUCCCGACAGCUUGCCCAUUGCUUUCGAUCAGCUGGAGAUGCCGCUAUCUCAUCGCGAUGCUGUGGUCAACGCCAUGGUACACGUACACCACUCGCUACGAUCAUUUAAUGACCGUCUAAAGCGCCAACAGAACAAGACAACAUUCUUAACGCCACGCCAGUUCCUUGACUUUGUCGCUCAGUUCGUCAAGCUUUUUAACGAGAAGCGUGAUGACCUGGAGGAACAACAGCGACAUUUGAACGUCGGUCUCGACAAGCUUCGGGAGACGGUCGAGAAAGUGUCUGAGCUGAAGAAGAGCCUCGCGGAGAAGAAGUCUGAGCUAGAGAGGAAAGACGCAGAGGCUAGCGAGAAGCUGCAGCGUAUGGUCGCAGAUCAACGUGAGGCCGAACAGCGACGUGCAACAUCGCUCGAUAUCCAGGCUGCCCUCGAGAAGCAGGAGAAGGUCGUGGCUGAGCGGAGAGAAGUCGUGCUCAAUGACUUGGCCAAGGCCGAGCCAGCUGUCGAAGAAGCCCAGCGCAGCGUCAGCAAUAUCAAGCGUCAGCACCUCACUGAAGUACGAUCCAUGCAGAAUCCUCCAGCUGGUGUCAAGCUUGCACUGGAGGCUGUCUGCACGCUGCUUGGUCACAAGGCUCCCGACUGGAAGACAAUUGUCGGUAUUGUCCGCCGCGACGACUUCAUCGCCAGCAUCGUCAACUACGACAACGAGAAGCAAAUGACAGCUCAGCACAGAUCCAAGAUGAAGGCGGACUAUAUCUCGAAGGACGAUGAGUUCUCCUUCGAGCGUGUCAACCGUGCAAGUAAAGCUUGUGGUCCGUUGGUCCAAUGGGUCCACGCUCAAGUCAACUAUUCUGAGAUCCUGGAUCGUGUUGGACCUCUGCGAGAGGAGGUCGAUCAACUGCAAGAGGAAGCGCUCCAGACCAAGGCCGAGGCGAAGGCCAUCGAGAAUACUCUACAGGAACUUGAGCAGAGUAUUGCCACGUACAAGUCCGAGUACGCCUCGCUCAUCAGUCAGACCGAAGCCAUCAAGGCAGAGAUGAGCCGUGUGCAGUCCAAGGUCGACCGCAGCAUGCGUCUGCUCAACAGUCUGUCUUCCGAACGUGGACGUUGGGAGGAGGGCAGCAAGACCUUCCAGGUACAGAUGGAGACCAUCAUCGGCGAUGUCUUCCUGGCUUCAGGCUUCCUCGCGUAUGCUGGCUUCUACGAUCAACAGUACCGCCGUGCCAUGUUGGAGGACUGGUCGCUCCAGCUUUCAAGCUCGGGCAUUGCCUUCAAGGCCCAGAAUGCGCUGUCUGAAUACCUAUCGACGGCUGAUGAGCGUCAACAAUGGCAUGACAAUGGAUUGCCGGUUGACGAGCUCUGCACUGAGAAUGCCAUCAUGCUCAAGCGAUACAAUCGAUACCCGCUCAUCAUCGACCCGUCUGGCCGUGUUACAGAGUUCCUGCAGAACGAGAGCAAGGAGAGGCGACUCACGGUCACCAGUUUCCUGGACAGCUCAUUCGUCAAGCAGCUGGAGAGUGCGCUGCGUUUCGGCAACCCUAUUCUUAUUCAAGACGCUGAGCACAUCGAUCCGAUCCUCAACCAUGUCCUCAACAAGGAGUAUCAGCGUACCGGAGGCCGUGUUCUCAUUCAGCUUGGCAGACAAGAGAUCGACUUUUCGCCAGCGUUCAAGCUCUACUUGUCCACUAGGGAUCCGUCAGCACCAUUCGCGCCAGACGUCUGCAGCAGAACCACCUUUGUCAACUUCACGGUCACGCAGAGUAGCUUGAAGACCCAGACGCUGAACGAUGUGUUGAAGUCUGAGCGACCCGACGUCGAUGAGCGCAGAUCGAAUCUCGUCAAGAUGCAGGGCGAGUUCACACAACGUCUGCGACGUCUCGAGCGCAUGUUGCUACAAGCGCUCAAUGAAUCACGCGGCAACAUCCUUGAUGAUGAGAAUGUCAUUCAGACUCUGGAGACGCUCAAGAAUGAAGCGGCAGAGAUCACCGCCAAGGCAUCCGAGACUGAAGGUGUCAUGAACGAAGUCAACAGCAUCAUGAGCACCUACGACAUCAUUGCACGCUCAUGUUCGGCCAUCUUUGCGGUUCUGGAGCAACUGUACCACGUCCAUCACUUCUAUCAGUUCUCACUGCAGUACUUCGUGGACAUCUUCGAGUCUGUUCUGAAAGCUGCUCGAGAGUCGAAUGAUCGAGACCCCAAGAAGCGUAUCGACUCAAUUGUACGGUCAUUGUUUGCGAAGACGUACAACGAGACCUCGGCAUCACUUUUGCAGAAGGACGGACUCACCUUCGCUGUCCUGCUUGCGCAGGCUGCACCCUUCCCGAUGGACAAGAGCUACCUCGACACCCUGCUUGACGAGUCGUUUGUAGGGAGCGAUGUCAAUCAUACACCUGAGCACAAGGAGAAAGCACUGGGUCUCGCAUCACGAGUCAAGGGUCUGAAAGACAUCGUCGCUAGCCCCGAUACUCCAGAGUGGACGACGUUCUUGGCGACCGAGCGAGCGGAAGAGUGCGUGCCUGGCGUUGCGCAGACUGGUGGAAGUGACAAUGACAAGGCACUCAAAGAACUGGUCCUGGUCAAGCUGUUCCGUAUGGAUCGGCUGGUUCCUGCCACUGAGCGGUUCAUCAACAAUGUCUUUGGUCAAGACUUCCUCGAUGUCGCAGAGGAUCUUGGACGAAUUGCUCGGGAUACAACUGCCAGCUCGCCGAUCGCGCUGUGCUCCAGUCCAGGAUUCGAUGCUUCCUACAAGGUCGAUCAGCUUGUCGAACGCACACAAGCCAGCUGUACGAGCGUUGCUAUGGGUUCGAACGAGAGCGUGUCGAGUGCCGAUGCUGCGCUUGCGGGUGCUGCUGCGAAUGGCUCGUGGGUGCUCAUCAAGAACGUCCAUCUUGCUACUGAGUGGCUUCAGAACUUGGUCAAGCGUAUCGACUCGCUCAAGCCACACAAGGACUUCCGCUUGUUCUUGUCGAUGGAGACCAGCCCCAAGAUACCAUCAAGCUUGCUUCGUGCAUCGAGGGUCCUCAUGUACGAGCAGCCCGCCGGCAUUCGUGCCAACAUGAGGGACACCCUCACUUCGCUGCCAGACAAGGCAGUUCAGCAACCAGUGGAGAAGGCCCGUGUGCACUUUUUGCUGUCCUUCUUGCACGCUGUCGUCCAGGAGCGUCUUCGUUACGCACCGCGACUCGGAUGGAAGGGAUUCUGGGAAUUCAAUGAUGCCGACUUCGAUUGCUCAGCUUUCAUCAUCCAAUGGUGGACCGACAACGUUGCGCGAGGACGGUCCAAUGUGGCGCCUAAGAGCAUCCCAUGGGACAUGCUUCGCGAGCUCAUCUCGGAGAUGUACGGCGGCAAGGUCGACGAUGCUGGCGAUAUGGCGGCCCUGAAAGACCUUGUCUCCAAGACUAUGACGGCCGAUGCGUUUGAGGAGGGUUUCAAUUUGAUCGGUGCGGUAGCCGAAGACAGUGCUGUUGGCUCGCCGUUGCCAAGUGGUACGGCGAAGAACGUCUUCCUGCAGUGGGUGAAGGAGCUGCCUGAGCGUGAGCCUCCAACCUACCUGGGCUUGCCCGCGAAUGCAGAGAAGCUAUUGCUCGUCGCACAUGCCGACGAGAUGUUGAGGAAUUUGAAGACGGUCAUGGGCGUGCUGGAUGAGGGAGAGCAUGUCAUGGCUGAGGCGGUGGAGGAGUGA